AUGUCUACGCCGUCCGCAUUCACCGCUUCGAAAUCUUUUUACGUGGAUUCACUCUUGACGAACUCGAAGCCCCCCAGUGGCGUCUGCAAGGACAGGUCUAAGGUGUGCUCGAUACCCCCGUGGUUUUCACCCGUUCUUCCGUCGCCCGCUUUGAUCCUCCAGCAUUCAGCAGCGCAGCAGCAGCACGUGUUGUGCCGGAAGGGGGUCGGGUCCCCGCCCUGGUUUCCGCACUGCGCUCUUUGCGUUCGCAGUGCGUCGUCUUCACCCGGAUCCCUACCGAGGGAGCCCGCGGUUUUCGCCGCCGGAGGUUUCCAUCAACACGAUCUUGAGCACUUGGCUGCCGUCACAGCGGAAGCAGGGAGAAUAGAGAGCAGCAAAAGAAAAGACGCGAAAGAUUCGUCCUCGGGCGUCCAGCCUUCAAGCGACGACGCUAGCCAAAACAGCAACAAUAAACGUGUGCGGACGGCUUUCACCAGUACGCAACUGCUGGAACUGGAGCGUGAGUUCACGUCGAACAUGUACCUCUCGAGGCUCCGAAGGAUCGAGAUUGCUACCUACCUGCACCUUUCCGAGAAACAGGUCAAGAUUUGGUUUCAGAAUAGGCGCGUCAAGUACAAGAAGGAAAGUUCUGGAAUGAACAGAAGACCAUACCAGUGCCACUGCGCCCUCAAGAGCAAACCGCAUGACGUCAAAGAAGAAGGCAUGUCACCGACUAAGAGGUCUUGUACGUCCCGGGAAAGUGACGACUGUGAGAUGAGCGUCUGCACUUCUUCGCAGGAUUCCGCCGAUGGACACGUGCACACAACAGACUGUGAGAGUGACUGA